AUGGCAAACAGGUCUAUGGAAAUAGUGACCGGAUUACCAAUGCCACCGUCCUCCGUCACUCCUCCUUCACGGUGGUGGACACAACUACAUUCAUUAUUCCUUCGUCGUAAGGAACUCACUAAAGAAGAGAAAUCAGCUAUAUUUUGUAAACCCUAUUUGUGCGGCUUCUUGACUAUCGUAACGUUUAUGGGAAUCUUUUUGUUCAUGAACAAACUUUUCUGCCACGUCAGCUUCUCCGUCGAAUCCAUCUACGUUUCCCCCUCCUCCUCCGCCGCACUGCACUUCGAUUUCCUGGCGAGAAACCCGAGCUCAUUUUGUCCUAUCAACUACGAUGGAGACGACGUGUACGCCAAGCUAGGUUCCAUAAACGCCGCCUGUGAUAAAAGAGUUUUCGAAUUGGACAUGAAACUUAGUGCGAAGAAGAAACAUCCUGGAGUAGGAAACGAAUAUGGACAUUUCUAUAUCAGGUGUCACAAUCUGACCAUCGGUUAUCAGAAGACCAAGUGCCAUUCGUCUUUCAAAGAGUUGGAUCAUAAGAGUAUAUAUGAUAUACUGAAUUAG